AUGGCAGACCGCGAGGGAGCACCGGCGUCCGGCCUCUUCACACCUGGGUUGGCUGCCCGGGUUGUUGAGCUCGUCGGGGUUCAUAUGAACUUAGACUUGGAAGCCCAGCCCGCUUCCCAAGAUGUUCGGGAGGAGGCUAUCCAAGUCUUUCGUCAGUGCCUCGACGAGCUUGACGCCGGCCGCCAGCCCGGUGCCGAGCCAGCCCCAGAGCUCGCUGGAGAGCUUGGCGCCGAGCCCGUUGCUGAGCCCGUCGCUGCGUUGCCCGCCCAACCCGCAGCCCAGCCUAUAGCCCAACCGGUAGCCCAACCGGCGGCUCAACCGGCCGUACAACCCCCCCAACCCCCCCAACUCCCCGCCGGCGCCCUCAAGAAGCAUGAGGCGAUAUGGGGUAACAAGAUCCUGCCCUCUUUGGGGCGAAAUGAGAUGGAGAAGCGGUUUAAUGCCGCGGAUACGCGUUUCUUUAAGAAACGAAAAGAUCGUCACCAAAGUGCCCGUCGCGACGGCACGACGUAUCUAGAAAUAGCCAGCGAGUUGUUCUGGCGCUGGAAGAAGGAGGGAUACCAACCCACCGCGGAGGAACGAGUUUAUCUCGAGAACGUGUGUGGUGUCGAAUUGACUAAUGCAUUUGAUAAUGCAGACGGCGCUGUGCUGGCAAAGCCAGCGUCAGGUCAAUUUUAUUAUGAAGUAUUCUCAACCUGGUACAGAGUGGUGGUGUGA